AUGGCCGCUGCCCCCAAGAGCCGUACUGGACUGUACCUUGGUCUCACCGCUCUCGGUGCUGGCGGUUACUACUUGUACCGCGCUGGAGGCGAACCCAAGGUUGCGAAGGAGGAGAUGAACUACGACAUCAACAAGGCCCGCGCCAAAGCCCCCGGAGCCGAGACAGGCGAGAGAGCUGGUGAGCGUGCUGGACUGGAAGCGAACCUGAACAUCGAUGAGGCUGCAAACCAACCCGUAACCAAGAACACCGACCUGGCAUCCCAGGCACAGCGAAAGUUCGACGACUUGAGCCAGGCGGGCAAGGACCAGGCGGCGCAGGCACAGAGGAAGCUGGACGACCUGAGCCAGGCCGGUAAAGACCAGGCGAGCAAGCUGAGCCAUGAGGCGGAGCAGAAGGCGGCCGAGGCGAAGAGCACAGUGUCAGGCUGGUUUGGCCGGAAGUAG